CCCGGCUCACCCGCCCUGUGCCCCCCAGGGGUGGAGCUGCUCCGGAAGAGCCGCGCCCGGCGGCUGGUGAAGACCCAUCUCCCGGUGCAGCUGCUGCCGGACUCGUUCUGGGAGCAGGACUGUAAGAUGAUCUACGUGGCCAGGAACCCCAAGGACGUGGCCGUGUCCUACUAUUACUUCUACCAGAUGGCGAAGGUGCAUCCGGACCCGGGCUCCUGGGACCACUUCCUGGCCGACUUCAUGGCUGGCGAAGUGUCGUUCGGGUCAUGGUACCAGCACGUCCGGGGCUGGUGGGAGAAGAGACGGGAGCAGCGACUGCUCUACCUGUUCUACGAGGACAUGAAGGAGGACCCCCGGCGGGAGAUCCGGAAGGUGCUGGAGUUCCUGGGGUGCCCCCCGGCCGAGGGGCUGGUGGAGGCGAUCGCCCGGCACACGGCCUUCGCCCAGAUGAAGCAGAACUUCAUGGCCAACUACAAAACCCUCCCCACCAGCGUCAUGGACCACAGCAUCUCGCCCUUCAUGCGCAAGGGUGUGACGGGCGACUGGAAGAACCAGUUCACGGUGGCGCAGAACGAGCGAUUCGAUGCCGACUACGAGAGGCAAAUGGAGGGAACCGACCUGAGCUUCCGGAUGGAGAUCUGAGCCCCCCCGCCCCACAUCAGCCCCCCCUGCCCCACUGCAGAGAGAUAAAGCUGAGUUACCUGCUCUG